CAUAACCAAGAUAUGCUACCCAAAUAGUAGUAUGUAUGACGUUAGAUCUACAGGUCCCAUUACCAGCGCUAGGACUCCCAAGACGAUACUUACUAAAAACACAUUCAUUUUCGGGUCAGACUGGUAUAUCAAACCAACAUCCUCCAUUUCUUUCUAUUAAACUGAGGAUAGAAGGUCUGUAUCUUCUUGGUCAUACGCACGUGACGAAGGUCUGAGCAUAUUACGACUCCUUCAGUGAUUACAUCACACCAAUUACAACCCGUCUGCACCUCACACCAGGCUUCGGGGGUUCAGUUCUGAGCCUAGAGCCUACGACUGCAUGUUUCAGUAUUGCACAACCAACAACACUGCCUGCCUAGCAAGUAGGAAUUUCAGCCUGAAACUGAGCGUUUAAUCUUUGAUCCUGCAUAUACACGGGCCGUGCUCAGGCCAUGAUUUAUUGACACCACAGCCAACGCGUACUAUAUAACCAACUGCCCCCAGCUCAUAACCAGCUUCCUCAGCAACAACCCCAUCUGGAGUUUCGUCGGGGUCAGUAUCAUCAUAAUGGCGCCAACAUGUUCGGAUCCUCGUCAGAUCGUCAUCACUCUCAACCCCGCGCGUCGCCAAGCCCUCCUCAAGCUCGUUGAUGAGAUCACUACUUACAUGAGUGAUCAACUUCAAGCUUCCGACGAUGAGCUUGGCCCUGUCCUAUCAACCCCUCGAAAUGAGAGUGGACCUUCUACACCAAGAGACGAGAACCGGUCGUUCACACCCAGGAAUGAUGACUCUGAUCGAAAUGCUCAGCAGCAGCAGCAGCCGAACAAGCCAUCGGCGCAGGCACUACGUAUUCAAAAAGCUGCUAUAAAGCAUUUGAAGGAGUGGAAAAAGGAAUUCAUGCCCAAGUUGGAGGAGAUUGUUCGUGUCAAGGAUGAUCACAAGAUUCAGGAGGAAAGGCGCAAACAUCAACAGGAGGCUGAGAAGAGGAAGCUCGAUACACCCGAAGAAGGCGAGAAUCUCAUCAGUUUUGGGGAGAAUAAGAUAGACAAGUCUGAGGAUAUUGCUUCUCUACAGGCUUUGUAUCAUCCUAUCCCCACAAGACUGACGACGAUCCCUGCUGCCGACAGAAGAGAGGCUAUAUCAUGUAUACUACUCCUUCUGCUUUCCACGGGCAAGUAUUCCGCCCAUACCCGAGCACUUGCGCUCUAUCUUGCUUCCUCUCUGGAGAUUCCCCAGACUUUCCUCAUCAAGGAAGAAAUGGAAAUCGCCAAGACUCUUCUUGAAUCCUCCAAGGACCAAGAUAAGCAGCAGGAGGUCAUGUCUGCCGAGGCCGAAGCUUCCAAGCGCCGAGAAGAGAACAAGUUCAGUCGUUUCUGGAAAGUCGGGCUUGCUUCUGUUGCCGGUGCAGCUGUGAUCGGCGUCACUGGUGGUCUGGCAGCACCUCUUGUCGCUGGAGCUGUCGGUGGUAUCCUCGGUGGCGUGGGCUUGGGAGGUGUUGCUAGCUUUCUUGGUAUCUUCUGGAUGAAUGGUGCUCUUGUAGGCGCUUUAUUUGGUGCAUAUGGAGGAAAGAUGACUGGUGAAAUGAUGGAUAAGUACGCGAAAGAAGUUGAGGACUUCCGCUUCAUCCCUCUCAGGGGCGAAUGGGGAGAGGUCUUUAAUGCAGAACAGGAUCAAGCACAACCACAGGAACGGCGACUGCGUGUUACAAUCGGAAUCAACGGCUGGCUUCGCGAUGAGGAUGAUGUGACAAAGCCAUGGCGUAUCCUUGGUGACGACACUGAGGUCUUCGCUCUGCGCUAUGAGAUGAAGUCUCUCAUUGCCUUGGGACAUGCUCUACGAAGCAUGGUCGAAUCUUUUGCCUGGAAGAAGCUCAAGGUCGAGAUCAUCAAGCGCACUGCCUUUGCCACCCUGCUUGCGGCUCUUUGGCCUAUCCAGGUACUUGCUGCUGCAUCCAACAUUGAUAAUCCUUUUGGUCAUGCACACAACCGAUCUCGGAAAGCAGGCCAGCUACUUGCUGACGCUCUGAUCAACAAAGUCCAAGGCGAGCGGCCUGUCACUCUAAUCGGAUAUUCCCUUGGCGCUACAGCGAUUCAUGCCUGCUUGCAGUCACUUGCUGAGCGGCACGCUUUUGGCCUCAUUGAUUCAGUUGUCAUCAUCGGCGCUCCUGCUCCUUCAGCCCCUCCUCACUGGCGUACCCUUCGUACGGUUGUCUCUGGAAAGAUCUUCAAUGUCUAUUCAGAGAAUGACAUGAUUCUUGGAUUUGUCUACCGGGCUCAUAGUCUCUCCAUGGGAGUCUCAGGCUUACAGAAUAUCCAAGAGGUUGAAGGUAUUCAGAACCUCGAUUUGAGCGAUUCCGUCAGUGGGCACCUCCGAUAUCCCGACCUCAUCGGCGAGAUUCUCAACAAGUGUGGAUUUGUUGGAAUCAAGACAACAUCGGAGAUCGAAAAGGAUGAUGUGAUUUUGAUGAAGGACCGUCAUGCCGAGGGCGAGUUGAUCGAUUUCGAAGGGACUACAGUCGAGGGAAAGGAGAGUUCUCAGUCGCCGAACCAAGAGCAAAUCGAAAAGGACCUUCAUGGACUAAACAUCUCCCCUCCGGCUCUUGUUUCGCCAUCACAGCCUCCAGACCAGGGAAAGUCACCACAACAGUCCAGCAAUGAGAACCCGCCGCUUCCUCAACGACCGACUCCUCAGGACAGGAAAGAAGAAGCACCAAAGCUGCCCCGACGGCCUGUAGCGAGCCAAGCACAGCCAUCAUCAGGACCGGAUGAUGAAGCGGGACCGCCAUUGCCCCGACGCCCUACUGAAGCUCAACAGGAAGGUAGGCCUGCCAUUCCCCGCAGGCCAGUUGGAGCCGAUAAGGAAGUGAACGCUCCUCUUCCUCGACGUUUUGAAUCUUCACACGAUACUCAUCAGCAACAGCAACGACCCUGGACGCCCGAGUCCAAUCUCACAGAUGAUGAGGAAUAUGGUCACAUUGCUAUGGUGAACUAUGACAGCGACCACAGUACAAAAUGAGGGCAGAAUCUAUUUGAUAGAAAGACUGGAUCAAAUGGAGUUAUCAUCAAAUCUGGUCACAGUAGGAGACGCCGAGUUUACAUUUGUCCUUUAAAUUUCGAGUUGUAACCAUCUCGAUAAGCCCCUGGGGCAUAUAUGUUAGUAGAGCUGUAUAAUCUUAGUAUAUGAUCAUAAGACUAGCCCAUGAUAGACAAGAUUACACUAUGAUCUCAGGAUCCUGAAAGUUCUAACUAGGAUCUCGAAU